CUCAAUGCAUAUAACAAUUUAAAAAAAAAGUAUUUUUACCAUUAUAAGUGACUUAGUCAAUGUACCGCCUUCAACACGGAGCCUUAGCUCACACCGAACAACGAGCUAACAAGGGCCCCAACAUCACUCGUGUAAAACCAUUCAAACGGGAAAACCAACGGUAUAAUCUAUAUUAAAAAAACGAGAUACACGUAAAAAUUACAUAAACAACGACAACUACUGAACAUCAGAUUCCUGACUUAGGACAGGUGCAAACAUUUGCAGCGGGAUUAAACGUUUCAACGGUACCAAACCUUCUCCCUUUUCCUGAAACAAUAGGGUAACAUCACAACAUAGAAAAACACACGAUAAAAUAUCAAUUGGCAGGCUUAACUAAAUCAAAAAACGCAAAUUAAUAAUAUGCAGCUUUACAUGUAAGAAUGUCCUUAUAUUGCUAUGGUGUACUUAUAUGUUGCUGAUUUUUGAAGGCAUGAACUUAUGUUGACUUAAAGAUGAAAAAUUACCAAAAAAGGCAUCGUGUCAUAGCUUUGAUUGCACGGUAUUGUUAUAGAUAUGUCAAAACAAGGUUUACUCCAUACCCCUUACAUUUAAUUAUCAAUAAAAUGUUCCAUAGUACUCAAUAACUUACAAAAAAGCAGUGAUGUUGUUAUAUAUCUGUAACAAGAGUUGCUAGUAAAAAAAGAGGCAGAUGACAAUUUAUGUAUCAAAGUAUCACACAUGUUUAUAUUUAUAAAAUUAGGUAUGCUAUAUUAUGUUUGUGCAUUUAUUAAAAAAACAACUUAUUGAAGUUUUAUAUAUAAUUCGAAUGAAUUCGAAUAGAAUGCGAAUAUAAUCGCUUUUCGCGUUUAAACACUCGGAAGUUCUUUUUUAAUUCGAAUUAUUCAAUUCGCAUUAGAAAUACGCUUUUGUGAAUACGAACUAAUGUUUACGGUCAAGUUGCAAAUAUAUAGUUCAUAAUGGAAAGUUGGCAAUCAUAUUACAUCUUAUUUUUAUGAGUCCUAUAUAUAUAGAAUGUUUCCGAAGAUGUGGCAGACAUGCGUAGACUUGUACAAUUCAUAAUAUCCCUGAAGAUGGAGAAAAUGGCAAUCAAAAUUCCUUUCCGCGUGUUUUCUGAAGAUAGAGAAGUGGCCGAACACGGGUGUUAUUCAGAAUGUUUCAUAACGUAGAGAACAUAAUUAAUAUUCAUAAUAUUUAUACAGAUGGCGAAGAGGGGUAAUUUUCAGAAUAUUUGCAAUAAAAUUGAGAAUGGAAAUUGGGAAAGUGUUAAAGAGACAACAACCCGACCAUAGAACAGACAACAGCAGAAGGUCACCAACAGGUCUUCAGCAUUGCAGCGAGAAAUUCCCGCACCAGAGGUGUCCUUCAGCUGGCCCUUAAACAAAUAUUUAUACUAGUUCAGUGAAAAUGUACAAUAAUAGUUAACUUGAAGAAAAGAGACUGACUAUUCAGAAUCUUUCUGAAAUUAAAAAAACAUGGACAUGUGCUGCUCAGAAUUUUCUGAAGACGGCGAACACGACGAAUAGGUUGGCGAAUUGUCGACAUGACAUAUUGCCAAUUCUGUACCAGCCUGAUAUGCCAGUCAUUAUUCAUUCCGAGUCCAUUGUUUCAUUUUUACAUAAUUACAUGAACGUUUGAAUAAUUUCGCUAAUAUCCGCCAUUUUUUAUGCACUAUAAUUUUUUCCCCCCAUUAAGGCUACACUAUAACCAACAGGUAAUUAUAACCCAUUUUGGUGUCUGGUCCCAACCUGCUAUAAAAUAUUAUUAUUAUUAAAGAUAGCAGCUAAUAGGAUGCAUGGUAGACAACUCUAUUGUCAAAUGCCACGUAUAUAUACAUCAGUAUAGGUAGGCUUAGAUCAAUAUGAUUUAAAAGUUCAGUAUUAAUUCACCAUGUGAGAAAACAACAUAUGUUAUUUUGAAACAGAUUAUAUAUUACAUAUUUAGAGAUAUAUAUUGGUUUUAUGGACAUAUUUAUUUAAUACAUCCAUUUCACAACAAUAUAUUUGACAUGGAACAUAGCCAGAAAAUACUAGAGCUGAAGAAAAGACUGGUGGGAAUUAAGCCACUAGAAGACGAGCCUGACUUCUUUAACUCAGAAGAAACGCUAGUAAGAUUUUUGAAAUCAAGGGAAUGGAAUAUAAACGAUACUGAGAAAAUGCUAAAAGAAUCAAUAGAAUACAGAAGAAGAAUUCGGCCUUUACAUUUAGAUUGUAAAUGGUGCCAUGACCGACCGGGUUGUCAUUCAAUGAGACAAGUUGGUUUUGAUGAAGCUGGAAGACCUGUCAUUUACUCCAAUUUUGCUCAGGCUAAUCUACGUCAUAAUACAACGGAAGAUACUAUCUGUCAUUGUACCUAUCUUAUAGAAAAUGCAAAAAGGACUAUGCCACCUGGAGUAUCAACUUGGGUCUUUGUUAUUGAUUGUACAGGUAUGACUAUACAAGCUUGUAAUCCAAAGCUUGGUUAUGGUGUUACACAAGUAAUGGCUAAUCAUUAUCCAGAACGUCUAGGACUUGUUAUCUGUGUUAAUCAUAACCCAGUCUUCCAAGGUAUCUGGAAAGCCAUGAAAGUAUUUAUACACCCAAACACUUCAUCCAAAGUCAAACUUGUCAAGUCAAAGUCUAAAGUCAAACAAACAUUCCUGGAGGUAUUCCCGUCAGAAUUGACAGACUGGAUUCUUGAGGAAAUGAGACAAAACAAGAUCAAGCCAUUACCUUCAACACAGAGGGAGUUCUGGAAUAAACCUGCCGACACUGGACGUCAUGAUCCAAGAGGUUGUUUGUCAUAUGUAGAAAAAUACAUUGAAAGAAGUGAAAAAGAAAAUGCUGCUAUUGAGAUUGAACAUAAAGCACAUCCGAAUAUGAUAGAUUCUAUAAAGGGAAAAGUUGUAUCGUUGAAAAAAUCUUCUGAACUUGAAAAGAAGUCAUCACCAUUCCAUCAUGUUGAUUCUUGUAAUUCGGACAGUGAUGAGGAAUUUGAACAAAUUGAAAUGCUAGAUAUUCCAGAUGAGUUCAAAGUUCCUGAUGAUGCAGUCAAAUUUACAUGAAUAAAGUUUUGUUAAUUGUUUUAAAA